GGCUCAUUUGCAGACAUAUGGGUGAUUGGUACAGUAAGUUUAUGAACAGAAGUUUAAACUUGUAAGCUUAAGCUUCCGUUUAUAAACAGAAGUUUAAAAUUAUAGGUCCUGUUUAAUAUUCAGCUCUGUUAACUCACUCUCACCUUUUUGUGUUUUUACACUUUGUCAAGAUUUCUUUACAUAUUCACCAAUGUCUGAAGAAGUUACUUAUGCAGAUCUUAAAUUCCAGAACUCCAGUGAGACAGAAAAAAUCCAAGAAAUUGGCAAAUUUGGGGAAAAAGCACCUCCAGCUCCCUCUCAUGUAUGGCGUCCAGCAGCCUUGUUUCUGACUCUUCUGUGCCUUCUGAUGCUCAUUGGAUUGGGAGUCUUGGGAAGCAUGUUUCACAUUACUUUGAAGACAGCAAUGAAAAAAAUGAACAAACUACAAAACAUAAAUGAAGAGCUUCAGAGAAAUGUGUCUCUACAACUGAUGAGUAACAUGAACAGCUCCAACAAGAUCAGAAACCUCUCCACCACACUGCAAACAAUAGCCACCAGAUUAUGUCGUGAGCUAUAUAGCAAAGAACAAGAGCACAAAUGUAAGCCUUGUCCAAGGAGAUGGAUUUGGCAUAAGGACAGCUGUUAUUUCCUAAGUGAUGAUGUCCAAACAUGGCAGGACAGUAGAAUGGCCUGUGCUGCUCAGAAUGCCAGCCUGUUGAAGAUAAACAAUAAAAAUGCAUUGGAAUUUAUAAAAUCCCGGAGUACGUCAUACCACUAUUGGCUGGGAUUAUCUCCUAAAAAAGAUUACAGUUAUCGUAUGAUCGGGGAUAAUAUAAUCAACUCCUCUGCCUGGGUUAUAAGAAACGCACCUGACUUAAGUAACAUUUUUUGUGGAUAUAUAAAUAGAAUAUAUGUUGAUUAUGAUUACUGCACUUCUAGAAAAAAAAUGAUAUGUGAGAAGAUGGCCAAUCCAGUGCAGCUUGGUUUUAUACAUUUUAGGGAGGCAUGAGUCAUCAAUCAAAUACAUUUAAGGAGAGUGGGGGUUUGGGGUUCCACACUACAGGUAAAUUUAAAUAUUUUCUGGUUGACCACAAUUGGUUGAGUUUGUCUAAGGACCUGGAAUUUUAUCAUGCAGAUGAAACAUCCAGGUAGCAAGCUUCAGAGAGAACAGAUUGUGAAUGUUAAUGCUGGAGAGGUAUAAUGAAGCAUGUCCCUCCUCCCACUUCCCAUCAUGGCCUGAACCCUGGAGAAGAGGAGGUCCAUUCAGACGGUUGUGGGGGGCCUUCGAAUUUUAUUUUUCAUUUACAUUCUUCCCCUUCUGGCCAAGAUUUGCCAGAGGCAACAUCCAAGAUCAGCAGAUUUUAAUUUUGUCCCAUAGCAUUGCCAGGAUGGCAUGGUUUCCCAUCUCCAGUCCAUCCUAUACUCCGUGGGACUCCCUAUAGCUGAAGGCCUUAUGAGUCAAAGGACUUUUAGCCAAUUGAUUGUUCUAGGCCAGAUAAGAAUGGAUGUGGACAUGCAUUUAUUACCUCUUAAAAUUAUUAUUUUAAGUAAAAGCCAAUAAACAAAAAUGAAAAGGCAA